GGCUCCAGGCAAUCCAGGGGCAAGCUGUGCAACCAGCGCUGAUGGCUGAGAGCGAGGACACGCGGCGCGACGAGAAGCCGGCGGGACGCGACCGCUCGCGCUCGCCCGUGCGCGACGACCAGCUGAGCUGGUCGCAGUCGCGGCCCACCGACAUUCCGUACACGGCAGAGGCGGCGGCGGCCCCCGGCUUCGACAUGGCGGCGCCCGCGGCGGGGUCGGUGGACCCCGCCAUCGCGAGCGCGAUCGAGAACGCCAAGGCGAUGCUCGCGGCGCGCACGAUGGGCGCCGGCCCGCUCGGCCAGCUGCCCGGCGGCAGCAUCGCCCCGCCGCUCGCAGCGCCCAUGCAGCCAGCUGCUCGCGGCCCGCCUCCGGGAGAGCCGCCGCCGCCGGCGGGCAAGAUGAUGGGGACGGCCAAGCGCUUCGACAUGGAGCGCGGGUUCGGCUUCAUCGUCCCCGACGACGGGGGCGAGGACAUCUUUGCCCACGGCAACGCGCUGACCGACGGCAAUGCGCUGCGCGAGGGUGCGCGUGUGUGCUUCCGCAAGUCGUACGACCCGGUCAAAAACAAGGCGGCGGCGGAGGAGGUGACGGGCGCGUACAUCGAUCCGAUGCGCGCGCCGCCCCGCGGCAUGGGUCCCGUCCCGCCGGGCAUGGGAGGCGCCCCUCGCGGGCCGCCUCUGGGCGAGCCGGCGCCUCCGCCGGGAAAGAUGAUGGGGACGGCCAAGCGGUUCAACAUGGAGAAGGGGUUCGGGUUCAUCAUCCCGGACGGCGGCGGCGACGACAUCUUCGUGCACGCCAUGAACAUCACCGACGGCAACGCCCUCCGCGAGGGCGCGCGCAUCUGCUUCAAGACGGGAGUCGACGAGCGCAAGAACAAGGCCCGCGCCGAGGAGGUGACCGGCGGCUAUGUCGACCCGAGCCGCCCGCCGCCCGGCGCCGCGUCGCGGGGCGGCAUGCCGCCGAUGCCAUACGGCGCUCCGCCCCCGGCGCUGCACGCGCCUCCCCCCUCGUACGGCUACGACCAAAACGGAGGGUACGGCGGUAUGCCCGGGUAUGGGGCGAUGCCGCCCGGCUACAGCUACCAGCCGCCGCCCACGCCGCAGUACCCCGCCUACGGCGGGCAGUACGCGGCCGCGCCAGACCCGUACGGCCAGAGCCCCGCCGCCGCGCAGCAGUAUGCGCAGCAUCCGGCCUACGCGGCGCAGCAGUGGAGCGCGUACGCGGCGCAGUACGGCGCGCCGCCGCCGACGGCUCAGCCGCCGCCCUCGUAAGCCGGGGCGGCGGCGGCAUGGCUCCGAGGCGCGAGGGGGCGUGGCGGCUGCGGACGACCUGCUCCUGAGGGACUAGAGUCUCUCCGCCAUCAUUCAGCGUCGUGCAAAACUUCGCCCCCAUUGCCGCGACAUGCGCUGCUCCGUGCUCGCUUGCUCGUGCGGGGCGGCCCCGGACCCUGUUGCUCCCGCGCUCGUUCGGGAGGUGCACGUUAUUUCUCUUGCACAUCUGCGUACUCGCUACUCCUUCCUGCUGGUAUU